CUUCACUGACAACAUUCCCAACAUUCUCAGCAUUUUCACCCAAAUCAGCCCAGUGAUUGAACCUGAUCGAUCAAGCAUUGUUUCAUUUCCACAAUAUGCUGAGACUCAUCACAAAAUCAGUCAUGAAUGCUUUUCUUGUGCUAGCGAGCUUCCUAGUGCGCUUGACCAAUUGUCAUCCGCACCCAAUCACGACACCAAGUCCCGAGCCGAACAAACCUGAGACUUCGAAUCAGUUCAUUGAAAUAGCAGCACUGCUUGUUGCUUUGGCAACCCUACUGGUCGCCAUAUAUUCCGUCCAGCAGCAAAGCAAAUCUGAACGAUGGCAAUCAUAUUUCAAUCCUUCUCCGGUGAUUUCACAGUCAGGACCUACGGUGCUACGACGGACCACCUUCGCCAGCGAAUUUUAUUACUCAUCCCCCUCUGAAACAUAUUCACAAGGCUACCGCUUACGGCCAAUGCCGACUCGCCGAGGAAUUGCUGCAGUAACUUGAUUAUUUCGGGGUUGAUGGGAAACAGGAAUGACUUAUCAAUGUUCCUCUGUAUAACAUUCACUGAUAUCCAUUUUGCUCCUGGAGGCCGACCCAAGUUCUGGAGGCGGGGAUCGAGGCGCCCACGAAACAUCACAUCGCGGUCAUGUCAUCUU